CUUAAAAUGUAUUGUCCAACUGCUCUUGUUCAAUGUUGCUAGGAGGAAACAAAGAGCUAAGACUGUUCCUUGAGGAGGCUACUGCUCUAGAUCCUCGUUUUAAAGGCAAGAUUCAGGAUGAGGCUGUUUGGACCCGCCUAGAAAAUGAAGCUGUAGCCCUGUUCGCUGGAGACAAGAUUGGAGAGGUGACCCAGCAGGAGGGGAAAGGAAGAAAGGAGCAGCAGGAAGGGGAGGAAGUAUCUGAGGGAGAAGAAAUGCCAGAAGCUCCUGAGAAAAGAAAGAAAAAGCUGUCAGCCCUUGGGGAGCUAUUUCAGGAUGAGGACCAGGAAGUGUUACUCCAGAGAGAGAUAGACAUCCAAGCACCUUCAUUAGCCGAAAAGGCCAGGAACGAGGUGCUCAUGUAUCAGAGAUUUCCAGCAGUCCUCAGCUCUGUGCACCCCCUCUUGUGGUGGUGGCAAAAGAGAGACCAGAUUCCUAUGUUGGCCAGCUUGGCCAAAAAAUAUCUUUGUGUUCAAGCCUCUUCCACUCCUUCAGAGCGAGUUUUCUCCACAGCAGGGGAUACAGUCAGUGUUGAGCGGGCUCGACUCUUGCCUGAGAAAGUGGACAUGUUAGUUUUCCUUAAAAAGAAUGGCUAAAGGACUGAAUAUACACACUGUUAAGUAGGUCAUGUUCAAGUAGUUCAAAGCAAAGAUGUUUACUUCAGUUUUUUCCAUUUGUAUACCCCUCUAUUAUACAAGUUGUCCAGAGAGGAAUAUUCUAGUUUGUUAAACAUAUGUAAGAAUGUAGAGAGUUUUAUGCUAUAUUGUUAUAAUUCUGUAACAUAAUGUUAUAUAUUGAAAAUAAAUAUUUGAGUGAAAAAUAGUUUUUAAUUAUUAAACACAAAAAAGUAUCGAAAACUGGUAUCGUUAGGUACCGGUAUCGAUUCGUAAGUACCGGGUAUCGGUACCGGAUCGAUUCAAAUGUGAAAGGUACCCAUCCCUAGUGGGCUUAUAACUUGGCUUUUGAAUAUCCUAGAGAGGUCAGGUUUGUUUUAGUGUACUCCAAUCAACAGCCCCUACAACCACAAAAAGGAAUGGAGUCAUUAGCACUUAUGGUUUUUAAAUGGCACCCAGAAUUAUGUUGCACGAAGCACAAUUUCACAUCAUUCUGGGUUCAUUUGUGUGAAAACAAGGUCCAAUCAGGCUGAAACGUUACAGGAAGGCAGAAUCUAUUGAGUUGUAAGCACUUUCCUAAGGG